UUGCUCUGUUUUGUCUUCUCCUCCGUCACACUGAUCCAUUCCACUGUCAUGACUCUCCGUUUGCAACGAGAUAUAGAAUCUACAGAUCUCUUCCCCUUGGCGCUUUCUAUAUAUAUCUUCUGCGUCGACCUACCAAUCGCUUCGACCUAGACAAGGCCAAAUCCAAUCGAACGAGGGACGCCUCCUCAGCAUCAGCAGAGAUCUUCUCGAUCCGGUCCGACAGAAGUUAGGGUUUUGGUUUCGAACGAAGUCGGGGUAAAUACGAGUUUGUCUCUCGCUCUCGAACGUACCAAGGGUCAAAUCGGGAGAGAAAAAGAUGGAUUCGAUCGUUGAAUUGAAUCGCCUAAAGGUUUUGGAAAGCGGCGAAGUGGCUGAGGAUCUUGGAGAUGCUUGAGGAAUGAAAUUCUUUGUGUGAGAAUAGUUGGGAAGGGAAUUGUGCCGGAUCACCACAAAGAGGAAGUGUGUCUUCUUUAUACGAAAAUGGCUACUCCAGUUGAUCCUCCCAAUGGAAUUAAGUCCCCAGGGAAGCAUUACUUUUCCAUGUGGCAAACUUUGUUUGAGAUUGAUAUCAAGUAUGUGCCAAUCAAGCCAAUUGGUCGAGGGGCAUAUGGUAUUGUGUGCUCUUCUAUUAACAAGGAAACUAAUGAGAAGGUUGCAAUUAAGAAGAUACAUAAUGCUUUUGAUAACCGCAUAGAUGCAUUGAGAACUCUACGCGAACUGAAGCUCCUCCGGCAUCUUAGGCAUGAAAAUGUGAUUGCUCUGAAAGAUAUCAUGAUGCCUAUCCAUAGAUCAACUUUCCAGGAUGUUUACCUUGUUUAUGAACUCAUGGAUACAGAUCUGCAUCAGAUUAUUAAGUCUUCUCAAGCACUCACUAAUGACCAUUGCCAAUAUUUCUUAUUCCAGUUGCUUCGAGGACUGAAGUAUCUGCAUUCAGCAAACAUUCUUCAUCGUGACUUGAAGCCUGGGAACCUUCUAAUCAAUGCAAACUGCGACCUGAAAAUAUGUGAUUUUGGGCUUGCACGCACCAGCAGUGGCAAGGGCCAAUUCAUGACUGAGUACGUUGUUACUCGAUGGUACCGAGCACCGGAGCUGCUCCUCUGCUGUGACAACUAUGGGACCUCAAUUGAUGUAUGGUCUGUCGGAUGCAUCUUUGCUGAACUUCUUGGCCGGAAGCCCAUCUUUCCAGGUACAGAGUGUCUCAACCAGCUCAAGCUAAUCAUCAACAUUCUUGGAAGCCAGAAAGAGGAUGAUCUUGAAUUUAUUGAUAACCAAAAGGCAAGGAAGUUCAUUAAGUCACUACCUUAUUCCCCUGGGACCCCCUUUUCUCGUCUUUAUCCAAAUGCCCAUCCUCUGGCAAUUGAUCUGCUUCAGAAGAUGCUUGUGUUUGACCCAUCAAAGAGAAUUAGUGUUACUGAAGCACUCCGACAUCCUUACAUGUCUCCACUAUAUGAUCCGAACUGUGACCCUCCGGCACAGGUUCCCAUCGAUCUGGACAUAGAUGAGGAUCUAGGGGAAGAAAUGAUAAGGGAGUUGAUGUGGAGGGAAAUGAUUCACUACCAUCCGGAAGCUGCCACAGCCAAUGUCUAGGUGAGCUAGUAUAACUUCACUUUCUCAGGUUGCGUAGAGGCCUUUCAAAGUGGUUCGUUUAGUUGGAAUAAUUUAACUCUUCUGUAUUUUGUUGUCCACGUUCCUUUACAUCUUUUUUUUUUUCUCUGUGUUUCUUGUUUCACCUUAGGUUUAAUCAUGUUUAACAAAUAAUGCAUUAACGGUUUGUGCUGUUAGUGCAUGACUAUCACUAAUGUUUCUAAGAGCUUGUUUAUGGUGUUGAGCUCUUUGUCUUUUAAUUUGUAUAUAGUUGUACUGUUGUAUCUCUGCAACUCUUUUCUUGUACAUUGAAGUUAUAUUAUGGUGUAAUACUUUAUGAGUAUUAAAUUUGUGUAAAUAAAUUUGUCUGUGUUACUGGUCAGUCCCAUCUUUGUUUCU